CCUGCUACGACUGUCGUGAGUUCCGAAGUGUGCUCGGAGGGGGAGCCAAUCAUUUAUCGCGCGAGUUCUCCGUUCAGGCGACCGGAUUCAACUUCUGAGAUCGGUUCCAUUCACCGUCAAAUUCUUGUCUGAGAACAUUCAUAAUCGAGCAAGAGUUCAAAUUCCCGCUCGUCCCGCUGGCGUUGCAGUGAGCCCCGUACAGAGAAACCGGGCCCCAGCUCAAGACGUCAUAAUUCUUCAGUAUGGGCCGAGCGGCCAAAGACAAGCGUGAUGUGUACUACCGGCUUGCCAAAGAGGAAGGUUGGCGAGCGCGGAGCGCCUUCAAACUUCUACAAAUAAAUGAACACUUCAACAUUUUCGAAGGUGUCAAACGUGUUGUGGAUCUGUGUGCAGCACCGGGCUCCUGGAGUCAGGUGUUGAGCAGAAAACUCCGCAAGGGGAAUGCGCACAACGAGCAUGAAGUCAAGAUCGUCGCGGUGGACCUCCAGGAGAUGGCACCUCUCGAAGGAGUUUUCCAAAUUCAGGGCGAUAUCACGAAGUUAGCCACCGCGCAGCAGAUCGUCCAGCAAUUCGAGGGGGAGAAAGCCGAUCUUGUAGUUUGUGACGGAGCCCCUGAUGUGACUGGAUUCCACGAUAUGGACGAGUACAUACAAGGACAGCUCCUCAUCGCAGCUCUGAACAUCACAACCCAUGUUUUGAAACCCCACGGGAAUAUGGUUGCGAAAAUAUUCAGAGGUCGUGACGUCGCCCUUCUGACUUCGAAACUUGAGCUGUUCUUCAAACGCGUGGUCAUAGCUAAACCGUCAUCGUCCAGAAACUCGUCCAUAGAGGCUUUCGCUGUCUGCCUGGACUAUUGCCCUCCGGAUGAUUACGUCCCUCACAUGAAUAAUCCGUUGCUCGAUGGACACUGGGAUUUCCUCGAAACGAUGCCUGAAGCCAAUCGUCGAAUCGUGAAUUUCGUUGUCUGCGGGAAUCUGGACGGACACCCAAUGGAUGCGGACCGGACAUAUCAGCUGGAUCCCGAUUACGUCUACCACGACCCGGGGCAACCUCCAAUCAAUCCAGCCUAUAAGAUGGCGAAACUAUUGAAAACGGAGAACAAACUCGCCAAGCUGACGACAUCUCCCACUCCGGCGUCGAGUACACCACCGAGCGGAGAGCCGCCGUCCGAUGUAGUGCCUUGAUUGUUUUCUAACUAUCAUGCUCUGUAAUUUCCGUUAUUUCCUGUUCCCCUUGUGUGAGCCUUCGAAUCAGUAGAAGCGACAGAAUGAACCAGUCUCAGAACAAUGGGGAAUUCAAGGAUGGAUGUUCCAAGCCGGAAGAUUCCGGAAGCGUAUAAAUAAAUAUGCAUCGUGAACACAU